AAAAAAACGGAGACCUUGAAGUGCUCUUUAAGCAUCCUGAAAUUUGCAGGGAAUGAAUUUGUAAUGCCUGCAGGAUGUGAAAUUCUGGUGUCCCUCUGUCUUCUGCCCCACAGCUUGAAGCAGCAAUCCAGUUCAUCUCCUUUGCCCCUAUGAGAAUCUUGGAUUCUUUUCCUCAGAAGCCCAGAAUGGCAGUGGAUGUAGCCAUGCAACUCUACCUGCGGGCACCCUCUUUGCGGAAAGAGAGUUUUGCCUACAAAAUAGCCCCAAAGAUCAAGAAACCUUUGCGACCCUGCAUCUAUGUCAACAGCAGCCCUGUGUUGAAUGAGCUGGGGGCAGAGGUCCAAGCUCUGCAGAGGAACAGGGUGAAGAAAAGGGUUUCUUUUGCGGACAGCAGAGGCUUGGCUCUGACAGUGGUGAAAGUGUUCUCAGAAUUUGAUGACCCCUUGGAUAUUCCCUUGAACAUCACAGAACUGAUAGACAAUAUUGUGAGCCUGACCACAGUGGAUCACGAUGACUUUGUCUUGGAUUUUGUACAGCCUUCGGCAGAUUACUUGGACUUCCGGAAUCGCCUGCAGGCGGACUGCGUUUGCCUUGAGAACUGCAUGUUGAAAGAUAAAGCUAUUGUGGGUACUGUGAAAGUCAGGAAUCUGGCGUUUGAGAAGGCCGUCAAGAUUCGGAUGACCUUUGAUACUUGGAAAACCUUCACGGAUUACCCAUGCCAAUACGUGAAGGACACCUAUGCCAGUUCCGAUAAGGAUACGUUCUCCUUUGAUAUUAGUUUGCCAGAGCGGUUUCAAGCCCAUGAAAGAAUCGAGUUUGCAGUGUGUUAUGAAUGUGAUGGCAAAGUCUACUGGGAUAGCAACAAGGGGUUGAAUUACAGGAUCAUCCGCUCUGAACUCAAAUCGGCUCGGGAGAUUUCACAACCUCAUAGUGAGCCAGAUUUUGGGAUUGCCUUUGAUCAGUUUGGAAGCCCCCGGUGUUCUUAUGGUUUAUUUCCUGAAUGGCCUAGCUAUUCCGGAUAUGAAAAACUUGGCCCUUAUUAUUAAAUCAGAGACUCUGGAUUAUAUUUACUGCACAGGAAUGAAGAGACAGAGAGA